AAGUUUAUGAUAUGUUUGUGCAGAGGAUUUUCAGAGUUUACAAACAACCAUUUGCACUCACAUAUAUUGGAGUAUCUAUGAUGGUGGUGUAUCUACCCAUUUCAGUUCUCAAAGACUGGAUCUACAAAUCAAUGAAGAAUUUAUAUAGAAACCUUCAUAGGGACUACAAUAAUGUCCCUUUUAGAAUGCAUGAGAUUCAGCAGCAGCCGCAAACCGAUUUAAAGAGUAGUUUGAUCACUGACAAACAUAUCAAAGAAGCAGAAGAAGGGGUGGUUUUGGUAAAGAAAGAAGGAGAUGAUGAGUCUCAUCAAUUGGUGGAUGCAGAGUGUUAUGGAAAUGGUUCAUGGGAAAUUGCUAAGUGUUGUUUGUACCUUACUCCAAUAUGGUUUGCAGCAGAGUACAUGGCAAACCUGGCACUUGCAAAUACAAGUGUUGUGAGCACAACAGUGCUGAGUUCAACGUCAGGUCUGUUUACACUUUUGUUUGGAGCUGUUGUUGGUCAGGACUCAGUAAACAUUACCAAAAUAUCUGCUGUCAUUAUCAGCAUGGCUGGUGUUGCCAUGACCACUCUUGGCAAAACAUGGGCAGCAGAUGAACAUAUUGCCACCUUCUCUCAGAGAACUAGAAUGCAUUCCAUAGCUGGAGACAUUUUUGCUCUACUCUCAGCAGUAUGUUGUGGCUUAUACACAGUGCUUCUGAAGAGUUAUGCUGGAUCAGGGGACAAAGUUGACAUGCAAAAGAUUUUUGGGUGUAUCGGUCUCUAUUGUCUUCUUGGCUUUUGGUGGCUAGCAUGGCCGUUAAAUGCGGUGGGAAUUGAACCUGUUUUCCAAUUUCCAACUUCAUCAUCCACAAUGGAAAUUGUUAUUGCAAAUAGCAUUUGGUCAAGCGUUAUUUCAGAUUACUUUUGGGCACUUUCAAUAGUUUGGACUGCUCCAUUGGUAGCUACAUUGGGCAUGUUAUUGAAUAUUCCUGUCGCAAUGGUAGCUGAUAUGCUUAUAUAUGGUCGCAAGUACUCAGCAAUUUACAUCUGUGGAUGCAUUCAGGUGUUUGCAGGAUUUACUCUAGCAAACCUUUCGGAUAAGUUUUCAAGGAAUGAUGCAGAGUUAUAAGAAUGAAGCUUAUUAAUUAAUUGUGUAUAUUAAAUCCGAGGAUUCAAUACAAUCAUGCAGGAGAAAAUAUGUGUGAGUAGUGUAAAGAAUAGCACAAGUGUAUAUGUAUCAUAUAACCUACGACCGGGUGAAAAAAAGAAAGAGCAUAACUAUAUA